AUGAAGGUUGCCGCAAUUUUCACCUUAUUUUACGCCGUUUUGGCGACCGCCCUGGUUCUUCCUCGAGAAGCCAGAGGAGUUGAGAAAGUGGCAUUGAAGGGACCAGCUAAGGACAUCUUUUCAAGGAAGCGAGAGGUUACUACAGAGGCAGAAGUUGACUUCGCGACGAGCGAGAAUGGAAAUGGAUUUGAAAAAAGAUCCAAGGAGGAUUUACUUCAAUGCAACGUGGGCAACCCCGGUGUUGGCGGUGCUGGAGAUCAAAAUGCUUUGAUUGACGGCAUCGACUAUCUGAAUCAGAAAUGGGCAGACGCAGUGUGGGUGGUUGAGCCUAACAGUUGCAAACGUGUUUCCUGCUCUUGGAACUCAGCUAUCUGGGUUUGCAGCGACGCAAAGGAUACCCUCCAGGCCAAAACCAAGGAUGUCACUGCUUUGGCCACGCUGAUCAUUGAUAAUUGCAUUGAAAACACGCUCAUGGCCAUCUGGACUCAUGGGCGCGCCUACCACAACCAGGACUGGAACGUCAUUCUUGGAAAAGACAAGUGCUAG